AUGCCUCGAUCACUCCAGCCUGCUUGUGACGCCUGUCGUCGGCGCAAAGUCAAAUGCAGCGCUCAUCGGCCCUGUACUCCGUGUCGAUCGGUCGGGCUGGCCUGUCGCUCGUCCGGAAUCCAGCGGAAGAAAGGGCGACAAGGCGCGACGGCCAACGUGCUGACCGAAUUGCAUAGACUUGAUGAGAGUCCGGUUUCGUUCUCCCCUGAGAGCCCUCGUCCGGUCAAUGCUACCGGGGAAUGGACGAAGAAUCCUGGGCUGUUGGAUCGCAGCUUUGUCCGGAAUUGUGCCGACUAUUUCUUUGCGCGCAUGCUCGGCACCGUGCCCAUCCUACACCCUGAUGUCUUCCAGGAACAUGUGGAUAGAAUGGACGAAUCUGGGCCCUCAUACUGCCUCGUAGUGGUAUUUUGCGCCUUCGUUCUGAUCCAAACGGGACAUCGCUCCGCCCAGACAUCGUCGUCCGAGCUGGCCUGCGCCCUGCUGGAGGAGGCCACGGUCGCUCGUCGCCAUUUGGACUUGUUUGCUGCACCGAUCCAGUUGGGAAUUAUCAUUGCCUUCCUGUUGUACGGAUGCCAUAUCGGGCUGGGCCAUCAGCGACAGGCUUACUAUUUCCUCCGCGAGGCCACGACGCUCUACACGGCUGAUGUUAUGGACUCCCCAGACGUUGGCAAUGAGGAUGGCUUCUCAGCUUUCGCAAACCGGCUCUUCUGGCUCCUGCUGAUAUCUGAACGAGCGCACGCUCUCCGACGCCGCCGACCCAUCACGCUGCAAAUAACCGCGGACAGCCCAAUCCUCUCGGCCUGCUCGGAUCCCUUUAAUCGUGGAUUCGCCUGUCUUGCAGACCUCUACCGUCCCUUUGACCCAUUAUUUCUUAAUGGCUGGAACGGUUCCGGGGUCGUUUCAUCGCGAGACUCCCUAGUCGCUCUGGAAGAGCAUCUUCAGCGUGCAGUGCCUGCCGACUCGGAUCUCCCCGACGUCGUCUUGGCCGAUCUACGCGUAUCCCAGCAGUGGCUGCGCACCGUGGUGUGGCAGAUGGCGACGACUGCUGGGUAUCUGUCCAGCACACCGACUCAUGCGAGCCUGGACUUCCGGUAUCCGCUGCAGAUCGCAAGAGAUCUGGCGAUGGCAACGUGGAAACUAUCGAGAGAGAGCAUGGAAACCCACGGAAUUGGUCUGAUUGAGAAAAUAUUCGAAGUUGCGUGCACCCUUAUCGACGUCAUGGCCUGCCUCUCGUCUGCAGGACUCCGCUCGUCCGGCUUCGAGUUAGGACCCCAGGAUUACCUGAAACACCUAUCGUCGCUCGUUGAGCGUUUACCCGGCGGUCGAGCGAGAUUUCUCCCUUUGCUUAUUGACAAGUUGGACCAGACGCUGCCGGUCUUGCUACAGCCCGUUACUUUGCACCUUGGCCUCCCAGACGCAGACAAGACUAGUACCAAUGAACAGAAGGGGGAUGCUAAUGGUGAAAACAUAACAGACACUAUCGACUAUACACGAAUAAUUCAGGGCGGUCACUGA